AGGAAGCAGGAUGGUCAACGGGAAGAACUGGACGGCUUGGCUCGUGUCACUUGUGUUUAGUGGGAUUCUGGGAUGUGCACAGAGUAGUGAGUCGGGCUUUACAGAUCCUGGACCAUCACUGCUGGAAGCUCUGCAGUUACCUGCAAACACAGAGUUUGAGAUUGUAUCUCCGUACGAGGUGGACCAUCAUGGGCACUACAUCUCCCAUGCCGUCGCUAAUCAUCAUCGGAGAAAGCGUUCUAUAGAGGAUGAUGGUAUUGAUCUCAGUUCCACAGCUCACUUCAGAGUGCAUGGUCUUGGGCAGGACUUCCACAUGGAGCUGAACCCUUCAUUGGGUCUUGUGGCUCCAGGAUUUUCCAUCCAAACUUUGGGUGAGAAUGGUACAGAGAGCCUUGAGAUCUUCGAUAAAGAGAAGUUCUGCUUCUAUCAGGGGUUACUGAGGUCAGAUAUCAACUCUUCAGUGGCAUUAUCGACAUGUGCAGGGAUGUCAGGUUUGAUCCGGACACAGGGAGCUGAUUACAUUCUGAAACCGCUCCAUCAGCAGCAGAUACAGACGAUGAACCACACUACACCGUCUGAACAUCAACCUCACAUCCUCUACAAGAUACACACUCACACACCCGCACACACUCCAACACAGAAAGCAUCACAGACGGGCGGAAAGAAACAGCGACACCGGCGGCACGGUCACCAUCACGACUACAGACAUGCCACAAAGCAGAAGCUACACUACUGUGGAAGAAGGAAGAAAUAUAUGCCGAAACCCCCAGACGAAGAGACGUUUACAUAUCCUGAUGAGUAUAAAUUAACUAGCAGAGAAAAACGAGCAGCAGAGCUCGAUGUUAAUCACAGACUAAACGUGGAGACGCUGGUGGUCGUCGAUCAGAAGAUGAUUGAGAAUCAUGGCCGGGAGAACAUCACCACCUACGUCCUGACUGUCCUCAACAUGGUUUCCUCUCUGUUUAAGGACAGGACUAUAGGAGGAGAUAUUAAUAUAGUGUUAGUCGGAUUAAUUCUGCUGAAUCAGCAGCAGGAUGGGUUGGUGAUUAAUCACCAUGCUGAUCACUCUCUGAGCAGUUUCUGUCAGUGGCAGUCGGCUUUGAAGAGUCGAGAAGGUCGUCGCCAUGAUCAUGCUAUCCUGCUCACUGGAUUGGAUAUCUGUUCCUGGAAGAACGAGCCAUGUGACACGCUAGGUUUUGCUCCAAUCAGUGGGAUGUGUAGUAAAUAUCGUAGCUGCACCAUUAAUGAGGACACGGGCCUCGGCCUGGCCUUCACCAUCGCUCACGAGUCUGGCCACAAUUUUGGGAUGGUCCAUGAUGGGGAAGGAAAUGUAUGUAAGAAGUCAGUAGGGAAGAUCAUGUCUCCUACACUAGCUGGACAUAACGGACAGUUCUCAUGGUCAUCCUGCAGCCGCCAGUAUCUCACUCGCUUCCUCAGCACAACACAAGCUAUGUGCCUCUCAGAUGAACCAACGGCAACAGAGGAAUACAUAUAUCCAGAGAAACUUCCCGGCGAGCUGUACGACACCGACACUCAGUGCAAAUGGCAGUUUGGAGAAAAAGCCAAACUCUGCACACUAAACUUCAAAAAGGACAUCUGUAAAGCUUUGUGGUGCCAUCGUGACGGGCGAAAAUGUGAAACCAAAUUUAUGCCAGCGGCUGAGGGUUCCAUCUGUGGACCGGAGAUGUGGUGUCGUGGUGGAGAGUGUGUAAAGCGGAGUGAUGGAGGUCCACGUCUUAUUCGUGGUAGCUGGUCCGAGUGGUCUGAUUGGUCCAGCUGCUCCAGGACGUGUGAAAGUGGUGUGAUGUACAGAGAGAGACACUGCAUCAGUCCUGAGAGUGUGUAUGGACGGAGUGUGUGUGAUGGUCUCUCUCGACAGUAUAAACUGUGUAACACAAUCGCCUGUCCGAAGGGGGCGCUGGAUUUCAGAGCAGUUCAGUGUGCCAAAUUUAACAGCAAACCAUUCCGUGGCCUCUACUACAGCUGGAAACCGUACACACACGUCAGCGAUCAGGAAGUGUGUAAGCUGUACUGCUUUGCUGAGGGCUACGAUUUCUUUUUUGCACUGUCGAGUAAAGUGCAUGAUGGGACACUGUGUACGAAGAACAGCAGCAAUGUGUGUGUCCAGGGCAUCUGUGAGAAAGUGGGUUGUGACCAAGUCUUGGGUUCAACAGCAGCACUGGAUAUGUGUGGUGUCUGCAAUGGCAAAAACUCCACCUGCAAAGUCUACAAAGGCCAAUACACCAAACAGCAUUACUCCAACAACUACUACAAUGUGGUGACAAUCCCACGAGGAGCCUUCAGCAUUCGGGUAGAGGAGAUAAACAUCUCUAGAUCCUAUCUGUCCCUGAGGAACACACACAGAAAGUACUAUCUGAACGGCCAUUGGAAACUGGACUGGCCUGGGAGCUACUCCAUCGCUGGAUCUGUUUUUGACUACAAAAGACCCUACAAUGGUCAUGAGAGUUUAAUCUCUGCUGGGCCCAGUAAUGAAACCCUGGUAGUAGAGAUCCUGCUGCAGGGUUUGAACCCGGGGGUUCACUGGGAAUACACACUUCCUAAAACCAGCUCGGAGAAAAGAACAAAACCUAAACAUAGAUACACUUGGGCCGUCGUUGACUCUCAGUGCUCUGCUACCUGUGCAGGAGGUGAGAUGAGGUCGAAGGCGGUGUGUUAUAAAGAUCGCAGAGUUCAGGUGAACACGUCUUAUUGUAAUUCAAAAUCUCGACCAAGAACUAGCGGCAUUUCCUGUAACACCCAACCCUGCCCUGCCAGCUGGAUCAUGGGAAACUGGAGUGUGUGUAGUCGUACCUGUGGAUCAGGUGAGCAGGUGCGGCAGGUGCAGUGUGUACAGAGACUGACUCCCACUCAGGUAAAGGAAGUGAGUGAUGAGCAGUGUGUGGAGCCUCCUCCUGUUCGUACAAACACCUGUAACACACACACCUGCCCACCCAUGUGGAGCACCGGCGCCUGGACUCAGUGUUCCCGAAAGUGUGGAAGAGGUGUGAGAACACGGACGGUAGUGUGUUUGAGCAGAACUUCAGGAUUUCAGGAUCGUGUUUUACCUGAUAAUGAGUGUGUGUUCCUGCCCAAACCACCCAACCAGGAGAACUGUAUAUUGAAACCCUGCCCAAAACCACCUAUAGCACAGUGGCUCAUCUCCACGUGGACACAGUGCUCAGUGACGUGUGGUAGAGGUGUGCAGGUUCGAACCCUGCAGUGUGUAGAGAAGAACAUGGAGGGGAAACAAAAAGAACUAGCAGCUAAAAAAUGCUCUCACCUGCCCAAACCUUCAACCGAGCUGCAGAGAGUGUGUGUUCAACCCGACUGCAUCAACACACUCGCACCAUACUACACACCACGCUGGUACACAUCAUCCUGGUCUCAGUGUACAGUAUCAUGUGGUGGUGGUGUCCAGGUUCGAUCUGUACAGUGUCUGCUGUAUGGUCGGCCAUCAUCAACGUGUGCCUUUAGUCUGAAACCGGCCAUGUCUCAAAUCUGCAACACCAACUUCUGUCCUCGGCACCACCAAGACGGUGUGUGUAAAGACUCAUAUAGCUGGUGUCACCUGGUUCUCCAGCAUGGAGUGUGUAACCACAACCUGUACAGAACUCAGUGCUGUCAGUCCUGCUCACAAUCCAACUUCUGAUCCUGGAUUAGCAUGUUAGCGUGCUGGAGUUCAGAGAACAGACCCACAGACUGAGGUUUGUGUGUCACAUCAGACUGAGAAACCGAGAUCAGAUUCCAGCUGAAGACGCCGUGGAGGCUGACAUGAAGGAGAAACUGAUCAGAUGUUGUGUAUACUCCGUCAGAAGAAGGGUGCAGUGAGAAGUUUUUGGACAUGCACCAAUCCUGAGCCUGAGUUGAAUGGUUGUGAGAUAUGAACACAUGGGGAAAAUAUGAAAACUAGAACAUGAAUAUGAGAACCUGUGAAGUCUGGAAAGAUUAUCACCGUGGACUAAGUGUCAUAAUUGAUACUGUUUAUAAUAAAAACAAUAAAAAUACAA